AUCGCACCAUGCGUGGCGUGUGUUAACACGGAGGCUGACAUGGUGUCGUGUGCAUUACGUUACGAUGGACGCUCUCGCUCACCAGGGGAACCUCUUGGAGGACUGACGGCAGGGCUGGCAGCGAGGAAAGGUGAUCGUGUCAAGAGGCCAGCAAGAUUAAAUGGGUCCAGUAACUGGAAUGACUCCAGAUAAGAAAGCUGAAACACCGGGAGCAGAGAAAGCUGCAGGACUCAGGCAUGUCCAAAGGAUGGGGAGCUUGCCGGAGGCAGUUGAUGCUGCUAGGCCAAAGGCCACGGCGGUGGACAGCGAACCGGCGGAUGAUGAGCUCACCAACUUGAACUGGCUGCAUGAAAGUACGAACCUCCUAACAAACUUCAGCCUCGGAAGCGAGGGUUUUCCCGCUGUUAGUCCGCUGUAUGACAUCGAGGGUGACAAUGGGCCAGCCUACCCUUCCUCCUGCUUCUCCAACCCCGAGAAGAAAUCUGCCACUUCUAAGCCUCCCUAUUCAUUUAGCCUCCUUAUCUAUAUGGCAAUUGAACAUUCCCCUAAUAAAAGCUUGCCGGUGAAGGAAAUUUACAGCUGGAUCUUGGAACGCUUCCCAUACUUUGCCACAGCGCCCACUGGCUGGAAGAACUCUGUCCGGCACAAUCUUUCCCUCAACAAAUGUUUCCGAAAGGUGGAGAGAAGCCAUGGCAAGGUGAAUGGAAAAGGCUCUCUAUGGUGUGUGGACCCGGAGUACAAACCGAACCUUAUACAAGCGCUGAAGAAGCAGCCGUUCCCCUCUGCGUUUGCAUUUUAUACACCACCGGCAUCACCACUGAGUGGUUCAUCAUCUCCUCGCUACUUAACCUCGGUUCUGAAACAGAGUCAGGGUCGACCUAUCAAAGAGUCUGAUAUUGAUGCUGCUACUGCUAUGAUGCUCUUGAAUACUUCUAUUGAACAAGGUAUUUUAGAUUGUGAGAAGCCGCAGCCACUCAAGCUCCCCAAGAAAAGGAGCUACGGCAGCGUGUUCCACGGCCACAGCACGACGAGCCAGGAAGAGAGUGACUCGGCGGUGCCCAGCAUUGACCCAAAGGAGGACCACAACUACAGCGCCAGCACGGGGGCCUCGCAGCGCUGCCCCUCGCUCUCCAGCGUGUCUUCCCUCUCCUCCAUCGAUGAGGUGUACGAAUUUGUCUCGGAGGCCAGCCGGGCAGGGAGCGACAGCAGCGAAGGGUUCCACAGCGAAGCAGACACAGACGGCGAGGACGACGACGACGACGACCCCCUGGCAGACAGCGGGUACACCUCGCAGCCUUGCGGUGGCAGCUCGGACAAGGCCCCACCUCACCAGAAAGCCCUGGAGGAGCUGUGCCAAGAGAUCGACGAGGAACUGAAGGAGGCAGCAGGGUCCCUGCUGCAUCUAGCUGGGAUCAGCACAUGCCUAGGCUCCCUAAUAAGUACUGCAAAGAACCAUAGCCAGAAACGGAGGAAAAAAAAUAACGACGCGGUGUGACAAGAUACACCUAUAGAUAGAUAUAAAUGCAUACUUUAUUUUUUAGCGUGGCAAUACUACUCUACUUUUUACCCUUUGCAAGGGAGAUCAAAGCCAUAAAGGACUUUUUGUUUGUUUGUUUUUAAUUUUUGCAGAUUAUAGUUUUGCAUUUUUUUAAAUUAAUUACAAGGGUGAUGGUUUUUAGGCAUUGAACAAGUGAUUUAAACUGUGCAAAACAGGUGGGGGAAGAAAACAGAACAACUCUGCCCCCCCAUAAUAUUUUUAGUGAAGUUCAAAUAUUUGAGAUUAUUGGUGGGGCGAUUAGAUUCAUGCAGGUACUGUGACCAGUGUCAUCUCAAGCUAAAUAUGGUUUUGUAUAGGUGUUUGGGUCAAAUGGAACCUGAGGGGCGCAUUAGCCUGAUGCACACAGGACUCGGUGUGUAAAGGGUAGGUGCUAUGGGAAGAAAGCAUUGAACGCAGCUUCCCAGAAUCAUUCUCACGUCCAGGCUGGUUACUAGAGGUUCAUGUUGGGCAUUGGAACAAGAGCUUGCAUGCAAAGCAAAGUCCGGUUUGCACUCCCCGAUUCGGAGGAUGAAGGCUUGAGUGGCUGUGGUGAAUUGGUCUUUGCAUGUUUCGGAUCUGGGCAAAACUAGAAAUCAUGUAGCACAUAACUAAGAUCUGCCUUUCCCUCAUUUCUCCAUUUGUUUUACUCUAGUGUAAGCAUACGUGGCCCCAACUCAGAGCAUGACUGCUGUGUUUCGACUUCAGCUCGCCACUCCCAAGUUACUGCUGAUUCUUCACCCGGGGCACAUGCCUGUGUCUCCUCUGAAGGCUCUUUCUGUAUUUUACAUCCCCACCCACCUUGGGUGGAAGGCAUUUCAGGUGAAAAAUGUGUGGGGGAAUUAAUUCUCCCCUCCCAAAGCACAGUAGUUCCAGAGUCACAUUCUUACACUAGAACAAAAAAGGGGAUAUGUCUCAGCUAUGUGAUUACCAUGACAUCUUGUUUGGCUCUCAGCCUGUCAGAGGGAAGAAAUUAACCUGGCUGGUCCUAGGAAGUUGCUCUUCUGUUCCAAAUCAACUUCCAACAUGUGCACACAUUGCGUGGGGCUGAGGAUGGAGCGGGAAGUGGCCCCAAGCUGCCCCUCUCGGUUGUGCCAUACAGGGAGGCCCCAGGUCCGUGCCAAGAUCUCUGACAUACGGCUGGUUGUGGCUUAGGUUAGCGCUACAUGUCCUGAUAUCAGUCAUGGCAAAGAGACAGAUUUUCUUCCUUGUUUCCAGCUUUGCUUCCAGUGUUAUCUAAUGUUCCCAUGCAAAAGUCGAAGGUCUGUGAUAAUCUGAAUGCUAAAAAACUGCCAGUGUGGAUCAGUGAUCGAUUGACUGUUACUUGCCAUUACAAGGUGUGUUGGGGGAGGAGAAAGGCGACAUGUGAACAAGGAUAUUUUGGGGAGUUUAAUCUUGAAGAGUUAAUCUUCAUUUUCCUCUUCCUAGAAUUCCCUUCUGAGUUGUAGCACAGAGAAAGGAGCUGGUUCCUUCUCUUGGUUCUUGUUUUUAUUAUCUGAAUUAUGGUGAUUAGAUUUUAGAUCUACAGUGUACCAAUUUAUUUGCAAACCCAAAGCCCUUCUUGCAGUCUUGAGACCCAAAUUAAGGGGAAAAGAUUGCGUGGUAAAUUGAAAAUGGCUCUUGCAGAGAGAACUUUGUGCUUACUUGUUUCCAGUAAUGUGUAAUGUAAGGGACAUAUACUUUCCUUUUUAGGUUAAGGUAGUUGAUGCUGGCCUAGUUCUCAGUAAGGUGUAAUACCUUUUCCAGGCUCUCUCAUUUCCUGUUGCAGGUGAAUGCUCACAUGGCUGAAUGCUUUUGAGAGGUUGGGGUUUGGGGAACAUCUGUGGAAAUCUAGAUGGCAGAAGUGGCACCUUGUUCCUUGUAGGAAAUGUUGCUUUAUGGUCAAACAUUCUGUCCGUGCACUUGAAGUGGUACUGUGCAGCUGGGUGCACUGCCUGAGCGAGAACUAGGCUCUUUGGAUGCAUUCCUAUGUCACCUUGAAGACUCAGCUGUUCUUUUGUUUUUCCACUGCUUGCUUCAAUAUUGCACUGUAUUCAUUCAAUAUUCUUUGUAAAGCCAGUAUACAACAUACGACCUGAAAAGCAGCACCAUUUAGAUACUCACAUAUAACUCUCUCUCUCAUGCACACACAUACACAAACGCACAACUUAAGACACUGAAAGAAGCUUCAAAAUCAAGUCCUGUCCACUCCUAGCAGCCUCCAUCUUUCUCAGGUGGGAGUGGCACUUGAGUGAUGUUUCUAGUUUCACCACAGAACGUAAAUGCAGCCAAAAUGAUUCCUUCCUCUUCAUCCAUUAUUUCAGCAAUAAUACAACCUCCCUUGCCAGUUUCUGGAAGGCUCAAGAGCUCUGCAGAAGCUGCGCCAUGACUCUGGGCAACAGUGCUUAGAAAACAUCAACAUGGGCCAUCUGGAAAGCGCACCAGUCGCUGUGAAAAGCCAUCUGUGUGGCCUGAUUCCCAGUGUGGCCACCAGAGCUUCCCAUCUUUGUGCCCACAACUCCUUCGACAUGAUAGUGGUGUUACCUCAUGCAGGAUUCUCUCAGGAAACAGCUGUAUAUUUGGGCACUCUUGUGCAUCAUAAGGCACCCCUCCGUUUUUCUGAGGGGGCAGCCAAGUCUGUUCUGUGCCCUUACGCAGUUACAUGCGGGAGAGAGAUCUGCCUGCAAGACAGCUAGCCUGCAGUUCAAAGCCAGCCGCACUGGUCAUGCAAAUCCUUCGCUUGAUCCUGCCCAUUGUGUUGGCUAGUUCUGGCGACCUGUGUGGAUCCUGGGGGUUAGAAGGACCGCACCACUAACACAAGAUAAAUGGCCGGUGAGAAGAGGCCGCAGUUGGACUCACUAGCUUAGCCGUUCCCAAUGGGCAGCCAGCAGGCCUGCUGGACUACAGCUCCCAGCAUCCCCAUUCAGCUGCUAGCUCCAGUCUGUUGGAAACAGCUGUGAGAGCCUAGCUGAAACAGUCUGUCCGAGAAGCAGCCCACUGCAUUCUUGCACAAUUCCUGUUCUUUCCAGUGGAUAUUGGCACAGGGAGUGUUCCCAUGCGGCGGGUUGGAGGCCGCCGUGGCCUGUAGUUCUAAGAACGCCUGGAACUUUGCGAAAUGAUCAAAGCAUAAGCAUCGCUUAUCCUGCCUGAGCUUGACAUGCCGUUUAAUCCUAAUGUUUAUUUCCUGUGCUUCUAACUGUGUGCAAGAGAGCACGGUCAGAGGUGGCCCUGUUACGCAAAUCUGCCCGUCGGGAGGUGGGUAGGGUAGGACCGCUCUAAAGUGUAGAGAACGAAGUCCAGGAUUUGCAGAGCAGAAUGAAGCCGGAUUUCUCCUAACAGUGCAGAGCUUCCCUGUUGCUGCUGCUGUUUUAGUAUCCAUACAGUUAAGUGGUCAGGGCUUUGAUUUCACUGCCUUUUCAUGAACACCACCUCCUUAUAUCCAGUGUAAGUUCUGCCACCGUGGUCAUUCUUGUAGUGCAGGGAGCCAUCUGUGCCAAAAUUUUCACUCAGAUGGGUGCUUUUACCAAGCCACAGUUGGCCACUGAAAUUUGACAGUGUGCUGGCACAGCAUUAAAACUGGUCCAGUUUUAAAGAAAGCACCGCCAGUGUUUGAAAUUCAACACAGCAGUCAGCAGUGCUGCCCAUGCUGUGUUUGGAGUAAGCAGAAUUGGUCCCUGGACCUCAAGAGGUUCUCCCGCAUGGUGUAUCCCUGUCGCCAACAUCCAGUGCCUCAGCCAGGAUCCUGGGAACCCAGCCAGCUGUUUCUUCCAGCCAGCUCUGGAACAAGAGCAAGCCAGUCGCUCAUGGUUUGCUGGACUUCAAAUGCCACCUGUUGCAUAGUAUCAGCAGGGUUUUUCCCAAUGUAGGCCUUAUGUUUGCAAGGAUCCAAGUAGCUUUCUUUCAGUAUUUUGGAGGAAAUAUUUUGUUAAAAUGAUAGCAAACUGUAAAUGGCUCUGCCUUAUAAUCACAUGGUUAGUUUCUAGACCCCCCCCCCCAAAAACCCCUUUAAUGCAUGGAUGUUUGCAUGCUCACUUGUUCAUACACAAAUUUCUCCAAUGUAUGCCCAUAUGGUGCUCGUUCUAUAUGCCGCUAGUUUCUCCGCUUCAUCCCAGAGGCGGCUGCUUAGAGCAAUUUUCUGCAGUGGUUUUCCUUUCAGGUAUUUAGCUACAAAUCAGGAUGAGAAGGAUUUAUGUAUCUGCCUACUUUCAUGCCAUACAUGAUAUUUUUUAUUAUCUCUUUUUAAGAUUUCUGCAUUAAUUACUCUUGAAAAGCCUGUUUUAAAGUUUCACCGAACAGGUAUAAAAAUCAGGCAAAAGCCAGAACUGAAAAGUAGGUUCAAAUGUAUAAUAAAUAGAUUUUUAUCUGCUUUCAAAAGCUACAUAAUAAGAGCUUUGGGAACAUAAUGCUCUACUGUAGUAGUGCUACUACCAAAACUUUCCCCUGCUCAGAGUAUUAGAGAUCUCACUUCCAUGAAACAGGGAAUCCCAAAGAGUCCCACUCACUGAGUUUGGGACAGUUUAUAUAGAGGAACCUUUCCUGCAGAGGUGCUUUUCGGGGCUCUUUACCCAUUGGGUCGCAUGCAGCUGUACCUAGCAGUGAUAAUGUUGUGCUAGAGUAAUCCAACACUUGCAUAAUCUAAGCAGAGCUUGUUACAGCUAUAGGGAAAAUUGGCCAAUCUCUGCCUCUUCCCACUGCCAUACUACACUCUAGUUGCAUGAUGCCUCCAUGGGUUUCUGCUGAUGCAGCAUAUUUGGCACUGGGGUGGAACCGAGUACCAGUACUGGACUUCCAAGCAUAUUUAUCUCUUUUUUAUUAAUUGUAUCGACCUUUUCAGCUGAAAGGUAAUUUAAAAUGAAUACUGGCAAAAAAACAAAACUUUCAACAGCUCAGUAUUCAGUUUGCAUCACUGGGUAGAACUGAUUUGCAAAAUAUUCUGCUUAAUAAAGGGUACUGAAGGUGAAGAUUUGACGAAAUGCUGAGAAAGAAGAAGGCAGGUGUAUAUGUUUAUGUCUGAACCUGUGAAUGGCUGUAGUUUGUAUAUCCUUCCCAUGUUGUAGUUUUUGCCACAAGUGUGACUUGUGAGCCCAUUCCCGUGAAUGGGCAACUGUGUACUGUGUGGUCCUGAGCGUCUGCAGCAUGGGAAUUUGAUGUGAAUUCACCAUACACAAAUGGACAAAUCUGUGUAUAUUAGGUGCAAAUGCACACAAGUCCUGUAUAUUGUGUUGCUGAUCGGAGGAGUCCGUCCCCUUCCACAUUUGUCCAAAAUUAUGUGCUUUAAUAACUUACGUGCUGUGAAAUUUGUUUUUGUAGCAAUGUAGAUGACAGGGCUGUCUGAUCAAGAAAAAUGUUUCUUUUGGCCUUGCUUGUCUUUUGAAAGUCAACAAGAAUUACAUUAUGUUCUGGCUAAAACUGGCCACACUUUUAAAAAAGUGAGACUAUUUUUCCCAAGAACGGCUUUGCUCUGUCUUGUCCUCCUGCUUUUAAGAUAGAACUUUGAAUGGGCCAGAUGUAGGACAGCAAGACUCAACAAAGGAUAUGGCCUGCUCCGAGUUCCAUCUGCCAUCUCUCUUCCUUUUUCUCCAUCAGAAAUCGGUGUGUGCAUGAUGGUCCCUUGUGUCCCCUCUAUUAUGGAAGUGUCUAGUGUCCGCUUUAUGCUUGAAAAUGUGCAGUGCUCACUGGCACGAAAAGUGCUUAAUAUGUUUGUUUUAAUUGUCCAUGUUCGAAGGCAGAGCAAUAAAAGUGUUAGAUGGCGCAGCUCAAUGGGCUGCAGUGGGAGCAGAGGAAGAAUUCUGGCCUCUAACGCUUGCUCUGAGCUGUACGUUACACGGAAUAGGGACGUGGAACUCUGGAUGGUACACUUCCAGCUGCUGGUGGGAAGUAAUCUUUUUGCUUACGCCCUCCUCCUGCAUGUAGUAAAUCAAAGAGAGGUUUCACAUAACUGUUUCCUGGAUAUGUUACUUUAGUAUGUUUACUAUGUGCAUGGAACUUUUUGUGGUGGAGAGUGUUCGAAAACAUGUCCCAUGUGCCCCUGCGUUUUUGCAAUGCUUCUUUCCAGAGUUUUACAUGCUGUAUAAUGUUUAAAGCAACUUGGAGACUGGAGAGCAAAGUGUGAAGGGUUGAUUUCCUUCCCAGAUGCACUGGGGGAAGGCACAAGCCAUGGAACUGCCACAUCGAAGUCCCUGGGGUGGCUGGAAGGCAGUUCUCUGUACCAUUUCUUCACUGGUUUUGCAUGGGAAUUAGACCACGGGGAACCCUGCCCUCUGCUGUAGUCCAUGUUGGGUGUAGGAUAUGGGGAACAGAUGUGUUCUUCACCAUCAUUGGCUAUCUGUGCCUUCCGGUGGCCAGACUACACCGAAUCCUGUUCUAGGAUUUAGAAUAGCUCUCCCCAGCUGGCACACUCCAGAUGUCUUGGACUGCAGCUCCCAUUAUCCCCAGCCAUUUGGCUGGCUGUUGUAGUCCAGCUCAUUUGGAGAGCACCAGGUAGCGGAAGGAUGAUGCUGAGAAAUGCUUCUCGAACCCAGCACUUCCCCAUCCCCAAGGCCAAGGUGACAUCCUUGCUUUCUUUGUGUCUGGCUAGCUCUGGUGCAUUGGGAGACACCCAGGUGAUGCUGGUGCUUUGAAUGAGGACAGGCAUUCACUGCACAUCUGCCUCCCCACCACACUCUGGGAGCGCCACCAUUUGUUGCUCCCCUCAAAGUGGAAUGACCAGGAGGCAUUUUGAAGGGCUAGAGAAACAUUAGGGGGCAGACCGUGUAUCCGGGUCUUUUGCAGGCACUGCAGGCAGUCUUAGCAAGCCUUAGCACCACAUCAAGAGAUUGCCUUAUAAACGCACCUUGACUUUUCCAUUGUCCAAAAGUCACAGUGACUUUUCCAUUGUUCAGUAGUGCUUCUCUGCUACAAAAUGGUCUCUCCUUCCACUUUGCGUCUUGGCCUUUUCCUUCCAGGGAAAACUGCUAACUGUACAGUGUAUUUGCAUUUAGUUUUGCAGGCAUAGCUGAGGCCCUGGGAUACAGCUUGAGUAAUGAUCCUUUCGUUGUCUGAGCCAGCCUACUUCAGCCUGGAGCCUGCAGAUGUAUUGCCUAGGGGAUUAUAGGAAUUCUCGUCUAACAUAUCUGUAGGUUGUCAUGUUUGGGAAAUCUAGUGUACACCACAUGCACUUUCUAGCUCAAUUCCUAAAUUGCAGAUUGUGUCUUCAGAAAAAAAUACAUGGUACAGUCCUUCUUGGCCUCCACUGCUUUAGAGUGCUAUGAAGGGAGGAUGUUGAGUGAUUGAAUGAUUCUUUCAUCUAGAAAACAAGUCUGUCAAGGAGAAGGCUAAAUUAAAAACCCUUCUCCCUGAUUUGUUAGCUUUCUAUCUACAGGGAGAUUGUCUGUGGAGACUUCAGUCAUGUCUUCUUCCUUUAUAGCCUAUAUAGUAUAGUACUUUCUGACCAUAUAGCUCAGUUCUUAGUUAACCCUGUUCUUUGCUCAUACUGGAGAAGAGGAAAGUCCAGAUGAUUUAGCCUCAUCGUAUGGCCAGGCGAAAAAGAUAAACAGACUAUAUCUUGCUUUUGUGCAACCACCAAGACAGGUGUAUUUGGUGGUUGAUGCCAAACACUGGAAAAGGAUACAGUCCAGUGCAUGUUUAGACAGAAAAAAUCCCCACAAAUAUCACUAACUUAUAAGGCUUUUUCCUGUCCAAACAUGCACAGGAUGGUACCCUACAACUUUUUAGAGGAGGCUGCCAUUGGGAGCAGGAAAGUUCCACUGUUGUGACAGCCAGUCAGCUUGUGACUCAUUUUGCCACUUUUCAGUGAAUGCCUAAGUUGGGCUUGUUAUGUUGUUGGCGUCUCUGUGCCAGUUGCUUCUCACUUGUUCUGGGAUAUCUUGCACUCGUCUGCCCCCGAGCCACAUCACUGGAUGCCAUUGGUAGGAAAAUGUGUGUGACAUCAUGAUGAUGCAAGAAAUUAUCCAGUGCAUCAUAGAAGGAAGAAAUGGCAUAGUGUAUUUGAGCAUAAGGCAAAGCUUUGCCUUUUAUGCAAUUCUGAAGGUUUGGUUUUUGUUUUUAAUGUUUAUGAGUGAGUUUAGACCAUGACAUCAGUUUAUCAGCAUACAGAAGAGAGGGGAAAGAUUAAAGGAGUCCUACCCAGAUCCCAGAAUUAACUUGAAAAGAUUUAUGAGAGAGGCCUGCCCAUUCUUGAAAUAACUACUGAUGUUAGUGCCAUGCAAAUCUUUCCUUCCUUCCUUCUUCAUAUCCCAGUGCUAAAUUAUAGCUUCCAUGAGAAUUGCAGGCAGUCCUUUUUAGAAAAUUCCAACUUUGAACAUGUAUGGUUUUGCAGCUUCUUUGUUUGGCUAAUGCAAAAGCAUACCCCGCCAGGCUAAUAAUGGGGUAGUCAAAAUAUUUAUUGAAAAAGAAGAGUAUAGUAUUUUUAAAAUAUCGUACCUGCCAUUUAUUUGGGAAAAAGCACAUUCUCCAUAACUUAACUGCCAGUGCCAAUAAAAUGUCAGUCUUUAGAAAUGUACAUUUUUUUCCCUCCGACUUAAAGUGCAUAAUUUAAAAGUAUUAUGUUGCCAUCUUAUAGUGAUAUGAAACCAUUUUCAAUUGCCAAUUCAUUGUAACUAUUAUUUAUUUAAAAAGUGGAAAUUGUAAGAAUGCUUUUGGAUCAAAGUAACCAGAGUUCAUUCCCAUUAGCUUCUUGUUGCCCCUCAUCCCACCCUAACAUAGCAUAAGAAAGCUCUUUGGAUUUACUUAGAAUAACUCUGCCAGUAGAUGAAGGCCAUUCUAACCCAUUAUUCCCCAAGCCCAGUUAAGUAGUUUACCUGGUUUAAAGACAAUUUUACAGAUAUUUUAGUUUUUGUAUGCUAACCUCUAUUAAUUAAAAUGUUUAUGGAGUUUAUUUUUACCAAAGAGAUGCAAUUCAUUAUGAUAAAGUAUUUCAAAAUAAACUUUGUUUUAUAACA